CUACACUGCAAGAAUUCACUUCCGGUUUGACAGCUACACCCUUCUACUCACACCAGACUUGAGCCAAAUAUUACUCUUUUUAUAAUUAUCACUGGAAAUUAAUCCUCGAAAAUGUCUAAAUCUGUCAAAAAACAGGUUGAUGAUGCAAGAGAAAACAGGCACCAGGAUCUCGAUUUGUCGGAUAAGAGCAUUUCAAAACUGCAGGACAUUCCAGGACUGUUUUCGCUCAGUAAUCUUGUGAGGCUGACUUUGAGCCACAAUAAGAUUGAUGUUGUUCCACCACAUAUAGUAGAGCUGACAAAUCUGGAAUCCCUCAAUCUAUUCAACAACCACAUAGAGGAGCUACCUACAAAUAUAAGCUCGAUGCAAAAUCUCAAAAUCUUAAAUGUUGGCAUGAACAGAUUGUACAGCUUACCUAGAGGCUUUGGAUCAUUUCCCAAACUAGAAAUACUGGAUCUCACAUACAACAACCUCAAUGAGAAUAGCUUGCCUGGAAAUUUCUUCUUAUUGGACACACUGCGAGCACUGUAUCUCAGCGACAAUGACUUUGAAGUGCUUCCUGAAGAAAUUGAACAGCUGAGCAAAUUAGAAGUGCUUUGUGUAAGAGACAAUGACCUGAUCUCCCUCCCUAAAGCCAUUGGAAAUCUGCCGAAAUUGAGAGAGCUUCAUAUUCAAAGCAACAGAAUCACAGUUCUGCCCCAUGAACUGGGUAAGCUAGAUCUGUUUACUGGAAGAAACAUCAUGAAGGCAGAAAACAACCCUUGGGUACCACCCAUUGCUGAUCAGUUCCAAGUGGGUGUGUCACAUGUCUUUGAUUACAUCAGAUCAGAAACAUACAAGUAUUUGCACCGCAGACAUGUUGAAGCAGGAGCAGCACCACCACCCAAGACCAAUGCUAAGGCCAAGAAGAUCAGUAGGAGGGAGGUCUUUCGCAAGAAGUAAAGUCUGGAGUCAGAAAAUGUCAUUGUGAAAAAAGUUCAAUAGAGUACAGAGUUAGACAGGCCAAGAGAUUACCACUAGGUCUAUAUAACCCACCUGUGCAAAGUCUGUAUGCAACUCAACCCUUCGUGAUCAAAGAGUGGUCCUUUAGGUCUUCCAGGGGUUAAAGUUCACCUUAGAAAUUAGAGUGUUCCUAGGGUGUCAGCUAUAAGGGAUGAUGGGGCCAGAGCAUUCAGCUCAGACAAAGAUGGGGGGGGGGGUGGUUACACACAAAAAUUUGCCUCUCCCACGCUUUGUAUGAAUAGAACGUUCUGGUGCCACUGGUUAGGGAUAUUACGAAAUUAUCACUGAAGGUAAAGAGGACAAGAGAGACUGAAAGAAUUCUAUCUGAACUUGCUUCGUUCUAAUUAAUUAAAAUCCUCUUCCCAGAUUCCAAUUUUAGUGACAUGAAAAUGGUAUUGUAGUAACGAAUGUGCAUUUUUUUAAUUGGAGAUAGUUGGAUGAGUUACCAUAGCAACAAUCAGCAAAUUGACCAUGUUCAGUCUUUUCAGGAAAACAGAGAUACUGUUAAUAUAUUUUUGCCUCUGUUUGCCGUCUUUCUCUUGAAACUCUAUGUGGGAGAAUGUUGCAUAGAUCCAAGCAUGAGUAUUUUCUGAAGCGUCAAUGCACGUGUUUUGUAAUACAUUGCUGGUCGAUACUGCAGUCACUGAAUAGGUAGGGGGAAAAAACAGCAUUUUUGGCUUGACAGGCAGGAUGACAAUCCAACUUUAAUAACUCGAAGGAUGUAUGGAAAGAAAAUUGAGUUGGAUUGUUAGAUACCAAAGUAAGUCUAUGCAUGGGGACACACAAUAGUUGACUUCAUGAUAAAUCCCAACAAUUCAUUCAAUUUGCCGCCCUUUCAAACGGUAAAAAAAUUGUAAUUAGAAUGAUGCCAGUGAAAAAUAAGGUUAAUGACGAAGAUUUAGCAUGUGUGAAACCAAACUAGAACAUGAUUAGAGUCACCAACGCUAAUCACCGUCACGAUUACAAUAGCAAUCAUCAUUAUAAUGUUGAUUCAAGAUUCAUGUGUGAAAGGCCCUGAGACAUAUGCAUGUCUCUCAACAAUUGGAUUUUAGUGUCAUGAGAGACCUUUUACUUCAUGAAUGAUUAUCUUCCCCAAUAUUGUUAGCAAUGUUUUUAGCUAUAUUACUUUGAGAAGUACCCAUGGGAGAGUAACAGGUGCCAAAUAGUAUGAAUGCUUUGUGCCAUCCUUUGUAAACUUUAUACAGGCCAUAGUGCAUUCUUGGUGUUUUUCUGCCCCUAUUUUUCUUUAAUAAAGGUCAAGUCUACCCAUCAAGUUUGAAUAGGUGCAGCAAAAUCAAACAUACACAAUGCUAAAAUUAUCAUCAAAAUCUGAUGUAAGUCGGAAAGUUAUGACACUUUAAAAGUAUUUCAAUUAAAACUAAACAGUUAUUAGCACAACAAUGGGUGAUAAUGUUAUUGAGAGCAAUGAUGUCUACCACUCACUAUUUCUUUUGUAUUUUUUUAUGUGAAAUAGUCCAACUUUUCGUCAUAAUGUAAAACAUAGUUUGCUUCCUCUGUGAACAUUUAGAAAUAGCUUUUUGUAACCGAUUGUGAUUCAAACAUGAGCUCCUAUAUUGUCUAUUCUACAAAAUCGAAAUAUUCUAUUUUUCUGAAAUACAAAGAAAAGUGAGUGUGUGACAGCAUUGGCUAUCGCAUUUGCACAACAUCUAUUUUUUGCAUGUAGCUGUUAAGUGAAAUCACAAAGAGAAAUGGAAAGUGUCAUAACUUCCUUAUGUUACAUAUGAUAUUAAGAAAUUUUAGCAUCCUUUUGUUUGAAUUUCUCUCUUUAUGUAAGUAAACUUGUCUUUGAAUUUCUGACACGUAGUCUACUGAAUUUCCAUUUUAAGAUAAGUGAUUGAUAAUAUGCAAUGUAUAUUGUUGUUGUAGAGCUGACUGUUAUAUUCAGUUUAAUUGGUAUUUAUUCGCAUGAAUUUUGAGUGAUUUUACCUUUCAUCUUCCUGUGUUCUUUGUCAGUAACUUGCCUUAUGAAAUGUAAUCAACUAAUUCUGAUGUAUUUAAUUUUAUUUCCUCUGGAUUUCAUAAUCAAACUGCAUUUGUUUGGAAUGAUUAUUAUAUCUUUGAUUGAUUUUCUGUUGCGAAAAAUGUAUGAUGGUCGUAGGAGAAUUAUAAGUAGCUUUAUUCAUUGCCAUAGAUUGAGAUUUCUUUCGACUUGGAUGCUUCUUCUGUUUUUAUGCGUCCAUGUUCUGGGGGUCAUCCGUUCGUCUGUCUGUCAUCCCAUUUUCAUCCUUGUGAUAUGUAAAGAACCAUUUUACCGAUCAACUUAAAAAAAUAAGUAUACAUAAAGGAGUGACAGUUAUGAGAUCAAUAAGGGGGGUCACAAGGUCAAAGGUCACAAAGGUCAUAUACCUCAAAAUAUUUUUCAUUAGAACUAAAGAACCAUUUGACGAUUCAACUUCAAACUUGGCUCAUGAAUGCAUAUGGGAGGGAUGAUCUGAUCAGAUUUUCAGGUCAUGAGGUCUACGUUCAAGGGUCAUAGAGGUCACUAUUUGAGAGAUUUCAGAAGUUAGGUGUGUAAUGUAUCCUUGAUCUGGCAUAAAUUUCAUUCUGUUUGUGCGCAGUCGAUAAUCGAGUUUCAGUUCAUCUUUCUAUGAAGGUACCCAGUAGUGAAUGUGUAUUCUUCAGGUGACAUAAAAGAAUAUAUUUUUAUUAUAUUUUUAUCCAGUAAUAGAGACUUGUGCUUCCUUAACUAUUCAUAGUUUAAUUGAGCAAGGAUUUGAGAUGUAUAAGUUUUUUUUUGUUAGAGUCUGUUUAUUUUAUUUUGUCUGUGGAUAUUAAAUGAAAAUGUUUCUGGACAAAAUGUAAAAAUGUAGUUAAGUAAUGUGACAUACAAUCUAUCUUUUCACGUACUUAUACGUCAAAGACUAGUAUACAAGGAACAUGAGUCAUCAAGGGCAAAAGUAAAGAAUUACAUGCAUGGGGUUCCUUGGAACUCAUCUAACGCGCACGAGGCUUAGCCGAGGGCGUUUGGACUAUUUAAAUGGUAACAAGUGUGGGUGAUUAUUCUAGGCCUGAGCAAAAUGAUGUGUUUUAUGUUUCAUUAGAUCUUGGUGUGGAUCCUUGUUAUUUGAUAAAUUAUCCUCAUUUGUAUGCAUAACUGGUCAUUAUACUCUACUCAUGACCGGUCAUUAGUAAAUCUAUGCAUUAGGCCAAAUAAAUGACCGGUCACAUGCAUGCAGGCAACCAAUCCACAUUGUCAUCUUUAAAAAUUAUCAUGUGUGGACAAAAUGCUAUGCAUAGAUUUAGGGGGGAGAGGUAGAUUUAACUAACAAAGACACUUUUCCUUUUAUGCUCUGAAAUAGCUUUAAAUCAACAAUAUUGCUGCUCGGGGCAAAAAAAAAUUGUUGUUAAUUGGGAAAAGGUUCUGGAGAGAGAAGCACAUGGGCGUGGGAUAGUCUUUCCUUUGACCCAAUUUAAUGGCCUAGAUUGAGAGCAGGGACUCAAAAAGGAAGAGAUUAUGUAAUCGUGCAAGAGCUGAAUUUCCUUCAUGUCCAAAAUAUUGAAUUAACUUUCGGACUGAAUGACAUACAUGUACAUCUCUGUUAAGUCAUUAGUUAUCUGGAAGGGCGGCAUGACCCCUGCCUUAAAAACUGUUUGUAAAUACUUGUAGAAUCCUAAAUUAUAUAAUUGAUAUUAUUAGUUGUGACAUUAUUACACUAUUUAUUGUUUGCUUGUCUGUUUGCAUGCUCAUUUGAAAUUUGCUGUCAUUGAAACCAUGCAACAGUAAUAUAUUGCUUUUUACAUAUAUUUUGUAGGUUAAUAUGUAAAGCAUUGACCGAGUGUUAAUAUUCUGAAUUCAGUUAAAUCAUAUUUGAUAUGUCAAGAUUUCUUUCUAUGGUGCUAUUUUGUAAAUUUGAUGUAAUAGUCAUCUCAUUUCUCGUGUAAGAGUGAUAUUUUUCAUAUAAAUUUCUAUUCUAAAUUUCUUUUUUUUUUUUGGGGGGGGUUCUCUAAAAAAAAGUGACAAAAUGUUUAUUCAUAAUUUCAUAUUUACACUUUUUAUGAAUGCGAGAAACAGUUUUCACAGAAUCUCAGUACCCUAUUGUUAUAGACUUUUGCUGGACAUUAUUUUGAAAUUGUGUUAUGUAUGCAAAUAUAUCAUAGAAUGAUAUCAAAUUUGCUGUUGAACUUUGGGUUUUGGUGUUUGGUCUAUGUAUUUUAUCGUUACCACAGCAAAACACUUUAAAUGAAACUGAUCCUGGGACGAAUAUCACUUUUUUUUUUUAAUAUAACAAUAAUAUGAUUUUGAUCAUUUUUCAAAAAUCAGAUUAGGUGUUGGAGCUAUGUAAGGCAUUCGUAAGGUAUUGAAUGAAAACUUCUAUCCAGAGAGAUACAAUGUAUAAUGUGUCUAUAAGCAAAUUUAAUUGUAACUGUGGGAUAUCAUGUCAGUGAAGUACUUCAAUUUGAAGUUCAUUGAACAACAGAUAUUAAAUUAAAAAUGCCUUGAAAUCACAAUUUUUUGUAUCAUAAACUUAUAUCAUUGAUUUAGGAGUAUUGACUGUGUAAGCAUGCUUUCUAAUAUUUGAUUUAUUUUAUAGCAAUCAAAAUAAAUUUUGUAGUAAUUUUUGUGUAA